AUGUACACACUGUCUAAAGGCCCAAACAACAAAUUAUCAAUGAGCGCCCGACGAGGGCCGCCGAGACAGCUUGAAUUCGAAGGUUACUACACCAGAGAGAAGUCGACGAACUCAAACGGGGAAGGGUACUUUUACGAUCAUCAAACUGCAGAUAUGAGUAAUCCAAAACCAACAUUCCAGUCCAAGAAGCCAGUGAAUAAAUGGAGAUUGUCACAGUACAGCCAAAAUCCAGCCUUACAUGAAAACCACUUGGAAAUGGCAAAUUUAUUAUGUAAACAAUGGAAGAAAGUCAUGGAUCGCUGUCAGAAAGGCAGUGUUGAAGAUAUGACAUAUGUGUUUUAUUCAGAAAGUGAACCAAACAAAAGUCUUUCUGGUGUGAACAAUCAGGUUGCUGAUCGUCUGUCCAGGACAAGAUAA